AUGUUCAUUGAACGUUAUGAUCCAACAAUUGAAGAUUCAUAUAAAAAGCAGAUAGAAGUUGAUAACCAAAUCUGCGUAUUGGAAAUAUUAGACACGGCAGGGACUGAACAAUUCGCUGCCAUGAGAGAUUUGUACAUGAAAAACGGCCAAGGUUUUAUCCUUAUGUUCUCGAUCACUGAACAAUCAACAAUAAAUGAGUUAGCGGAGUUAAGGGACCAAAUUAUAAAAGUAAAAGGUUCAGAUACGGUUCCAAUGGUAUUGGUUGGUAACAAAUGCGAUCUUGAAAAAGAUAGAAUGGUUACCAAAAAACAAGGUCUUGCACUUUCCCAAACAUGGGGUAAGCAACUCAUAUAUAAAAAAAAAAAGUGCAACAAAUUAAUUGAUCUAGUAAAUAUUCUUUAG